AUUUUACUGGAAUCCAGAUCUAUCACAAUGAGAUUCUUUUACUUGUCCAUACCCGUUAUCAUUUACUACAUCUUGAACCUGCUAUUUGAUACUUGGUUACCAAAUAACUAUGUUUUUGACCCAGAAACUUUGAACAAAUUAUCAAAUGAAGUUCUAGCUAAACAUCCAGAAGGAAACACAACAUUGAUCCUGGAAGAUUUGGCAGUCAGUCUUAAAAACCAUUAUGGUGACAUUAUCAACCCAUUGAAUGAAGGUGAUUGGAUCUUUAACGUUGCUGGUGGUGCAAUGGGUACUAUGUUUAUUUUACAUGCUUCCAUUUCAGAAUAUUUGAUUUUCUUUGGUACUGCUGUUGGAACUGAAGGUCAUAGUGGUGUCCAUUUUGCUGAUGAUUAUUUCACAAUCUUGAAAGGUGAACAAACCGCUGCUUAUCCAGGUGCUUUAUACCCAGAAGUUUACUUACCAGGUGAAACCCAUCAUUUGACUAAAGGUCACGCUAAACAAUAUGCUAUGCCUUCUGGAUCUUUCGCUUUGGAAUUGGCUCAAGGUUGGAUCCCUGCUAUGUUGCCAUUUGGAUUCUUGGAUACUGCUUCUUCAACUUUAGAUUUCUACACUUUCAUCAGAACUGCCUAUUUAACUGGUUUAGAUAUGGGAAAGAAUUUGUUACGUGGUAAAUUUUAAAUCAAUAAGCUAGAAGAAACACAUAUACUAUAGAUACAUAUACUUAUAAAAAGUUCUUUGUAAUAUACUUAUGAUUAUGAACCAUUUAAGUGUAGAUGGACAAUUCCCAAGUCAAGUGCAUAUACUAAGGUAGUUUCAAAGUGGUCGGUAGCCUUGAGCAAUAUAAUUGCCAAUCUAGUGCAGCUGUACUUCUACAAUCCAAGAGUUUCUUGUCGUAUAGCAUUAAUUGAUGUCGAGAUAAAGGGAAGAAGUUGAUAUUGAUGACACGUUCCGAGAUGACAGCGCUGUAGUGGAACAAGUUCG